AUGGAGUCUCGAAUGAGUAUCUGCCAAUGGCGUUGCCAGCAGAAUUUGCGUUUUCAGAGACGAACGAGCUGUCUGCUGGGACUCUUGCAGCUGGCAGCUUUGGUGGUUGUAGCAGGAGCUGCCACCACCCCCACAGUCCCAGCCGGAUUUGGGCCAGAGGUCCUCCCUGGGCCCUUUCCGGACACUUUGUCUGGUGUCCAAUUCUCCAUGACUGCCAGUGGGGUCAGCUCAGGCAAUGGCACUGACACCAGCAGUCGCAGUCUGAGCAUCUGUGGCCAGGGCCCUGUGCCAUGGACUGCAGCCAGCUUCCAGCAAGGGGCAAUUGCAGCAAGGCUGAGUGCAAGCAGUAACUCGAGCUUGGCGCUGACCGAGACUGGCCCCGGUGUCAGCAACAACUCGAUUGCAGUUCCAGGCCAAACGGGCUGGAGCCCCAGCACGGACUUCGGCGUCUUGUUAGCCACUGUCACGGCCAACGGCAUGAACUGGACUUCUGACGAGGCGCCGUUUUACCCCGUGGUCGCCGCUGGUGUGAACAGCUCCUCAGCCGGCUAUGACAUGAGGACGGGCCAAUUCACACCAGGGGGAACGGACAUCGUCAGCAGCAAGGCAGGCCAGAGCGGGGGGACGUGCGAUGCGGACGUCGGGGCAGUGUGGUUUCCCUUCUCGGAAGGUUGGAUGGCGGCUUCCCUUGCCGCCCCCGCCAACGUCAGCGCGCCCGCCGCUUAUGUUUCUCCAACCGCUUAUUCCGCCAACUUGCCCGCUGAAGCCGGUCAGAUCUUUACUUCCACACCGACGGGCGGACAUCUGACGCUCCCGGGAGUGCGUGCUAACAGCGGCGGGCUGCUCUUUGCUGUCUCAACGGUGGACACCGCUCAGACAAACGGGUCAACCAGUGUUGUGUCCGUGGCCCCUCAGGGCGUCAGCUGGACCGUUCAGAUCCGCAGUGACGUCAGCUUGGCGACCGGCGGUUUCGCCCCGGCCGCACAGAGCGCGUUCUCGUUCUUGUACCUGCCCUUCGGGUACACAGAAAACCUGAUCGGCGGCCACGUGGACGGCGUGUCCGGCACGACCGUAUUCGGACAGGGCGCCUCCGUCGUGUCCAAAGUGGACGUCGGCCAGUACCAAGUCCGCCUGAUGAAGCCGCGGAACCGGAACGUCUCGUGCUCGGACGGCGUGCUUCUCCUUCAAACAGUGGGUCUGGGGCCGGACGGCAACACGAGCGACGCCGUCCUGUCCUACGCCUUUCAGGGCGACGGCAGCAUGCUCGUGCAAGCCAGAACGGUCGCCGUCACGGGUGACGGGUCUCUGACGUACAACCUCACAGAUACAGACUUCUACUUUGCCUGGGUCGACUUUCUGGAGCCAAUUCACCCCGCUGGUUAUGGCGCUCCUUCAAUCGUUACUCAGCAAACGGAGUCUCCGGUCCCCUCCGCAGCUGCAGUCUCGGUACUCGCUCCUGUUUCGGGCCCUUCAUCGUCCCCCGCAGCGGGCCAAUCCGCAGCCGGCAGCCCUUCCCCCGCCCCCUCCGCCCCACUCUCCCCGGCCCCGGUAGGCGACCAACCGGCCGCCGCUCCCAACCAAGGACCCGCCGCCGCCUUUUCCCCCGCCCCCGCUCCGUCGCCUUUUGCCGGCGCCCCGGGCGGAAGCGUCCCGUCAACACUUAACCGCACCGCGGCGCUACUAACCGCUGGCGCAUCUUCCCAGGGGUCUUCGACGGCGACCAGCGCGUCUCUGUCCUUCAGCACGAAGGUCGCCCUUGCCGUGGGGGUAUGCGUUGCGGUCGCGGUGCUUGGGGGCGCCGUUUUGAUUGUCGUGCGGAGGAGGAGGAUUCGGUAUCCAAAAAUUAGUUUGGAUCUGACGCGGAUGAACAGCCUAGAGGCGCGGCGGAUGAAGGGCAUUCCGCUCGCGGAACUCGGGAGCGGAGGCGGAAGGACGUCCGCCACUGACUUUAACAUCUUGCAAGUCUAG